CCUUCUCUCUCUCCCCUUCCCUUCAUUUUCUUCUUCUUCUUCUUCUUGCCUCGCUCACACUCACCAAUCAAAUUAACCAACUCCCCCAUCUCCUCUCCUCUCUCUCCUAAUCUGUAUAUCUUUCAGCUGGCUCUCUCUAUAUCAUCAUCCCACUUUCUGCCCGGGGUUUCCGAGGAACAAUCCAAACCGUCUCUUCAACUGAUCAUCAAGCCGCGGCCUGCUCUGCUCUCUUACGACAAAUAAACCAUAUAUCUGCCUGCAGGAAGGAAGUAAGGAAGGACAGACGGCGGCGGCCCGUCAGUACCAGAAUAGAGGCCCAAACCAAAUGGAACGCAAGUUCAACAGCAUCAGCUCACUAAUGAUGAGCAGCAGCGAGCUGGUAGAAGAAAACGACCACUCCACGGAAUUAAGUGGGCCUGACUCCCCUCCUUCCGCUUCCAAUAUCAAGAUGGCCUCCACUUCUUCCACUACCACUUCUACUUCUUCCCCUAAACGCACCAGUGGUAAGCGCGGGGCGCAUAAGCGAGUGGUGUCGAUCCCAAUCAAGGACGUGGAAGGUUCGAAGCUCAAGGGGGAGACCGCUCCCCCGCCGGCCGACUCCUGGGCCUGGCGAAAAUACGGCCAGAAGCCCAUCAAGGGGUAGGAUACUAUGCUAACCCCUAAAGGGGUAGUGAUUUUUGACACCCCCUUUAUGAUUGGCCAAUUUUAUUUCCAAUCAUUGGCAAGUAUUAAUUAAACUGGUUUUUUAUUUUUUUUAAUCUUGUAAUUUGGGGUCUCUCACCACAUUGGAAAAGAGAAAGAAUCUGGGGAAAAACGAAAUCACCCCCAUUAAUUACAUAAUUAAUUUCUCUCACUGGUACAUUAAUUACACGUACCACUCCACUGGUACACGUACCACUCCACUGGUACACGUACCACUCCACUGGUGCGAGCAAUCCACAAGGUAGGUUAGAGUGAGAACAAUACCAGUGCAAUGAUAUUUUUCAUAACAAUGAUAAACAAUAACGGAGCAACAAUGCAGUACUACUUCAAUGAUACAAAUACCACUCCACUGGUACACGUACCACUCCACUGGUACGUGUACCAGUAGAGUGGUACGUGUAAUUAAUGUACCAGUGAGAGAAAUUAAUUAUGUAAUUAAUGGGGGUGAUUUCUUUUUUCCCCAGAUUCUUUCUCUUUUCCAAUAUGGUGAGAGACCCCAAAUUACAAGAUUAAAAAAAAUAAAAAAUCAGUUUAAUUAAUACUUGCCAAUGAUUGGAAAUAAAAUUGGCCAAUCAUAAAAGGGGUGUCAAAAAUCACUACCCUUUAGGGGUAGUCAAGCUAACCGAUCCCUCAAGACCUGGGAAGUUAUAUUAAUUAAUGUACCCAGAUGGGAAAUAAAGACCGCAGCCAAUAAUUUGACUGAAUAAAGUUAUUGUUUAAAGAUAUAUAACCACACGUAACCAGCAAGAAAGAUUUAAAGUUUUGUUUUCUAUAAAUUUCAGCGGGUUAUUUCUCUUUCAGUUGUUUUUUUUCCAGAUAAAUCAGAUUUGGGACCAUAUUACCACGUUAAAAUUUAUAUUGGCAGUGGUUGUAUUUAAACCCUAUAUAUACCAUUUGACAACCUUUACAAUUUUGAAAUGAAUGUUUUAGGUAAGGUACAACCAUAUUAAAAUACAAAGGAAAUGUAUAUUAAUUAUUACUAAUUUCAUUUCUAGAAAAUAAAUUAAUAUAUAAAUCAGUCAAGGGUAUGUAUGAGACUUUGAAGAAUCGAUAACCUAGCUAGGUGAAUGGUGCAGACUUGAAAAAAAUAUUUUUAACAUGCUUGCUUCGAAAUUAGUGUUUGAUUUACUUGUCGCAAUUGUAAGGAUUGAAAAGAUAUUUUCAAAGAUGAAAUCAAUCAAGAACGAUCUUCAUAAUUCGUGGGAGAUCAAUUAUGAAUGAUUGGUUGGUUAUGCUCAUUAAAAAAGGCGAAUCCUAGCAAAAAUGAUGAAGUAUUUUAGGAACAUAUUUGAAUAUGAAAAUACGUCGUUGUUUGCUGUGAAUAUUGAUAAAUUUGUGUACUUUGUGAUUUUUAUUUUAUUUUAUGAAUUUAUCAUUGAAUACCCUUAAUAAAAUUUUUAGAUCCGUCACUGCCUAGCUAUAUUGAUCAAUUCGAUGGCGGCAGCGACAACGUCUUCCCGCCGUUUCACCCGUUUAGGCAGCAUCUUCUUCUGCAUUGGCGGAAGUCAAAAGUCUUCCCAGCAAUUCCGGUGAAACCCGCGAGCCUUCACUUGCCGGAUCUUCCUCACUAAGAAGCUCAAACGAUCUUUAGCUUCAUCUGCGUUCGAUUAAUGUUCCUAGAGAGAAAAAAACCCCUCAACCUCGAGCCAACACCUCUGAAGUUGACUUUGCUAUUUGGUCGACCAUCACCAGUCCAUUUAGCCUUUUGGUUUAAUGCAUUUGCAUAUGGCCAAUUGCUUUGAAUCACGAGGAAAUAAAUAAAAUUUCCAUUUCACG